UUCAGUUCAGGUAGCCAAGCCGGGGAGCCAAAGACAAGCGAAUCAUUCAACCAAAGCCUUUUCGUCAAGUAAAUCCGAGGAAUCAUAUCUCCCGGGUUUUAUAGCCUGGAGUUUAGUGCUCUGAGCCUCUGAGGUUUGCAUAACCGCUCUUCGCCGCCAAGGACAUCAACAGCUUCUACCUUGACCACUGCCCGAAGAUCUUCCCUCCCAUCAGCAGAGGACCUUUUGGCUUGUUGAAGAGCAUGGCGGGACCCAAGUACGACGGCGAGUACCUCCUCUCGAUCGUCAAGAAGUUGCUCGGCGACACGCGUGUCAGUGAUACGCUGAAGAACAUCGUCAUCCCCACAUUCGACAUCAAGCACAUGCAACCCACGAUAUUCUCAACUUACGACGCCAUGCAGGAUGUCUCCAAGAACGCUCUUCUGUCGGACGUCUGCAUCGGCACGUCCGCCGCGCCGACGUAUCUCCCCGGCCACAGAUUCGAGACUAAGUACGAGGACGGCACGCCCCGGACCUUCAACCUCAUCGACGGAGGCGUCGCCGCAAACAAUACCACGCUGCUGGCGAUGACGCACGUAACCAAGCAGAUCCUGAUGGGCAACAGGGACUUCUUCCCCAUCAAGCCGGCGGACUACGGCAAGUUCAUGAUCCUCUCCCUCGGGACCGGCACGGCCAAGAUCGAGGAGAAAUUCGACGCUGGCCAGUGCGGCAAGCGGGGCAUCCUCGGGUGGCUCUACAACAGCGGCGCCACGCCCAUCAUCGACAGCUUCAGCCAGGCCAGCUCCGACCUCGUCGACAUCCACGCCUCCGUGCUGUUCCAGGAGCUGCACUGCGAGAAGCGGUACCUGCGGAUCCAGGACGACGAGCUCACGGAAGAGACGGCCUCCGUCGACGUGUCCACAACGGAGAACCUGAACCGGCUCGUCGGCGUCGGCAAGGCGUUGCUGAAGAGGAAGAUGUGCAAGGUGAACGUUGAGACGGGCAAGAAUGAGCCUGGACCUGUUUUACGGUACCCCUAUACUGCUAAGGGCAAAGAUGCAGUACACAAAUCUGCACCGUCCAUUCGUUAAGGAUUAUUUUGACUAACGGGCCGAAGCCCAGCCGAAGCCCAUUUCUCUCUAUUCCAUCUCGUGCUGGGCGAUUACGACCUCGCCAGCAAGCCACGCGCCCGACUGCCCCACGCGUCGCCGGUCGUCGAUCUCGCCCUUGCGCUCGGCAAUUUCGUCGCCCAGUCCCGAUCGCCGCACGCGCCCCCGCUCGUCGACCUCGC